CCCAGAUAACUAACUUGUGUAAAAUUAACCAAAAACAAACAAACAAACAAACAAAAAACCGAACAAACAAACAAAAAACAGGAUUCACCACACCCCAUCCGCGGUAGGUUAUCGAAUGACUGCAGAGGUAAGGCAUUUCAAAGAGGUGUGAAAAGCCAGAGCUGGGAAAUGUAAAGAAGUCUAUAGGAAUGAUAUAAAAGAACGAGCUGGAGACCUGUGUAGAGGAGCUGCUGGUAUUGUAGGUCAGAGUUGAUCUUUAGAGUUGAACCUAGCUCUAUAAGUGAAAUGGCAGAACUGGAACCAGAUGAAGAAAUGGUCAGAUGGAGGGAUAGCAAGCCCAGAUAGGCAGGUGAUCCGUAUGUUAGGCAGACAGCAGUUGACAGGUAGUAUCAACACUGGAGCCUGAACCAACGUAAAGUCCCUGGGACAUUUGGUUAGUCUCUGCCUGUCAGUCCCGGCUCAGAAGAUUGCGGAGCAGCCGGUCCUGCACCACUGUGAUGAGACCCUCCUGGGACGUGUCAACGGCUCGGAGUGCGGUAAUAUCCUCUCAUCACCCGGUACCUCCGUUCAACCCUCAGCCCCCGGGUACUUCCGGGCUGCCAGUUGCCAGCCUUAUCUAUCCUGUCAUCUUAGCCUGUGUUCCAGGCAGGGAGAUCCGUGCGCACGCGCAGGCACUAUACGGAAGGCUGGGAGUGCAGACAGCACUCUAUUGGCGGAAUGAGGAAGGAUUAUCUGCGUUGACCAAUGGCAUGUGCGAGGCUACCCGCCGCAGUGCCUUCUGGGAACGUGCCAAUGACCGCUUCGAUUGGACGUCUGCGGCCGCGGAAGCUCCAGACUUUAAGAACCUACAAGUUGAAGCUGGAGCAAUGCUGCUUUUCUGUCCGAGCUGUGGAAACGGACUGAUUGUGGAGGAGGGACAGCGUUGUCAUCGCUUCGCCUGCAACACUUGCCCCUACGUGCAUAAUAUCACACGCAAGGUAACAAACCGAAAGUAUCCAAAGCUGAAAGAAGUGGAUGAUGUGCUUGGUGGAGCAGCUGCCUGGGAGAAUGUGGACUCUACUGCAGAGCCAUGUCCAAAAUGUGAACAUCCCCGUGCCUACUUCAUGCAGCUUCAGACCCGUUCUGCAGAUGAGCCAAUGACCACCUUCUACAAGUGCUGCAAUGCUCAAUGUGGACAUCGCUGGAGAGACUGAGAGCAGGACUUGCCCAGAUGAAAGCAUGGAUUUUGUGUGCUGAAGGUCUUUGCUGUAUGAUAGGAAGCUGACUCUUCUGUGGUGGAGGGCCAGUGUGAAACAGGCCAUCUGCAAGUCAGCAGAUAAAGUCCUUAAUGCACAAGGGCUUCAGGUCCUGUUCCUUCAUCCUUUGUAUAUAGUGGGUAGUUGAUAUUUCCUUACUACCAUUAGUAUUAGAAACUUAGUUUAUAACCAAGGAUAAUAUUGAACCUCCUAUUCUUCCUGCCUCUGUCUCUAAAGUGUUAGGAUGAUAGGCAUGUGAACCAUGUUCAUUUCAUGCAGUGCUGGGAAUUGAACUCUGAGCCUCAUGCAUGCUAGACAAGUACUCUGUCAACUAAGCCACUUAAUUUUUAAAAUAAUUUUUAUUUUUUUCUCUCUAGAGAAAUUAUAAAAAUACCCAUAAAAUAAUUGAAAAGCACUUUAAAAUUCAGGACUGACAUGAUACAUCUUUUAUGAUUAACAACUAAACAAGCUGUUCUGUGAUUUGGAUUUUCUGGAUGAUGUUGAUGGGAAUUUAAAAGUAACCAAAAAUAUUUUCUAUUUCCAGCUAGGGAUAAAGGUCCACAACAGAGUCUGUGCCUAGCAUGUACAAAGGUCUGUGUUUGAACCCCAUUCAAAAACCUAUUAAAACCUCAAUACAUUUAGAAAAGUUACUUAUUUGUUGAAACCACUAGGGAGAUUACUGUAUAGUGGACAUAUUUUUCUAUGUUGGAAGCUCUGGUCCCUUCCAUGCAACUGGACAGUCAUAUACAUGAUAAAGAAUGCAGAUAGUAAGGAGAUCUAAAAUCACAUUAUCCUCCUAUGAACAUAGCAGAUCUAAUGUUUUCAAAGUCCUUAAAUAAUGGUAUGGAUGAGUAAUUCACAAACAAGAGCUGACUUUGAAACCUUUGAUCUGUGGUUGUUUUCAAGCCUUUGGGACUUUGUUGAUUAUCUCCUUUCACUAACUGUUACAGAGGAGAGCCACAUAGUCUUCUUUGAAUAAAGAUGAAUUUGAGUAUUAGA